AUGAAGUCUGCACUUAUCCUCUCGCUCGCCGGUUCCGCCGUGGCAGUACCAUCUUUCGGCAGCUUCAUUGACGCCAUGUUUGGUGGCUCCGACAACAGCUAUGCCUCGAACCCCUCUGACCUUCCCAACUUCCCAGCCAUUGGCACUGGUUCCGGAAUCCCUUUCCCUACAGCAAGCGGCGCUCCGUUCCCCACCGGCAGCGCUGGCGCCUCUCCUUUCCCCUACCCAGGCUCUGACCGCCACGUGAAGCCUCAUGCCGAGGCACUGCACAUCGACUACCACCUCGCGCCCACCGUCGCCGCCGCCAUCAAGAAGAGCGAGUUGAAGUACAGACAGCUGGGAGGUUCCCCGCUCCCAUCUUUCAGCCUAUUCGACCCCAGCGCCACUCCCACCGGCCUACCCACCGAUCUCCCCGGUCUGCCAUCCGGCACAGAACCCCCUUCUCUCCCCACAGACGCACCAACCGACCUCCCCGGCCCACCAACCGACCUCCCCGGCCCACCCACAGACUACCCCACCCCACCCGCCGGCGGACCCACCGCCUCAUUCCCCUUCCCUACAGGCGGAGCCCCAUUCCCAACCAACGCACCCUUCCCUACCGCACCGGCUGGCACAGGCUAUCCCGGCCUGCCGACCACACUCGAGACCCUGACGCGCGGUGCACGUCCGACCAGUGCCCCCGACGCGCCCAGCCAGGAGGACAGCCAGGAGCCGCAGAACGGAAAUGCGUGGCUGGACUGGGUCAGCGAUCUCCUGACUGGCGGCAAGGAUGGGAACUGA